AUGGCAGGAACGACAGCAUCAAUUCGGCGGAGCCCAAUCCCCGAGAUCAUUACUCGAAAGACGAACGAUGGAAGAAACAUCGAGUACCAUUUGACUGUAAUUCAACAACCAGAACGUGCCAGAGCAUGUGGUUCCGGAGCCAAGUCAUCCGCCGACCGACGACCAGUAGAUCCACCACCCGUGGUCGAGCUUCGCAUCUUCUCUGUUAAUGGAGCUGACAAGGAGGACAUCACAUUCUCAUACAGUGCCAACUUCUUCCUCUUCGCUACCCUGGAAGUCGCUCGACCGAUGGCUCACGGCCGUGUGCAACAAGCAGCCGCAUCGCAACAGGUGCCUGUGUUGACCGGCAUGCCAGUCUCUGGAAUGGCUUAUUUGGACCGACCAUCUGAAGCUGGAUACUUCAUCUUCCCCGAUCUUUCCGUUCGCCACGAGGGCUUGUAUCGUCUUAGUUUCAACCUGUAUGAGGAGAUGCGAGACCGUGAUGGAGAUGCAGAGGCACCGUCCGACAAGUCGAGAGUCUUGGCCGGACCAGGAACGCCAGACGCUUCGUUCGAUUGGAGAAUGGAGGUCAAGUCAGCAGAGUUCACCGUAUUCAGCGCGAAGAAGUUCCCAGGUCUUGCUGAAAGCACCGCUUUGAGCCGAACUGUUGCAGAGCAAGGAUGCCGGGUCCGUAUCCGUCGUGAUGUUCGUAUGAGAAGACGCGAGUCAAAGAAUGCUGGAGAAUAUGAGGACCCCGCUGAGAACGAUGCAUUCGAACGUGGUCGUGCUGCCGCACAAGACUUCGAAGAAAGACGUUCUCGAUCGCUCUCAGGAAGUCCAGAUAACCGUCCUGCAUACGAUACCGAGCAACGUCGUCACUACCAAGACCAGUACGCACCAUCGUACUCAGCAUCCCCAGUGGCCGGAAAUGCUCCUAUCCCUCAAGGAGGCCAUCUUGGAUUUAUUGGUGGCCCCUCGGCUCAAUAUCAAGCUCCUUCACAACCUCAAUUCGCGCCUCCUCAACCUCCCGCGCCUCAAGCAUAUCAACCACCCCAGCAACCGUAUCAUGCUCAAGGUCAACCUCCAUACCGCCCGCAACCCGCACCAGCUCCACCAUCUCACAGCAGUUACGCGUAUGACAGAAACUACCCUCACUCGGCAUACGCUUCCAAUCCUCCUCGCGAGCAGCGCGAGUUGGAGCCCGAGUACAGACGAGCAUCCAUUGCCAGCUACGUACCACCUUCUUCACAAAUUCCGUAUCCUUCUGUGGAUUCCAAUUAUGCUCGUCCACCAUACCACGGAUAUGCUCCACGCGGUAACAGUCCUCCUCCGGCAUUGGCACCUUUGAAGCUUCACAGCAUCGAGCCAAAAUUCGAUGCUACGUCCCCACCUGCUCCAUUGUCUGCUGUUAAGACCAUCGCUCCUCCUUUGCCAAGCCCAAUCUUCCCACGCGCACAAGAAGCUCCUCUUUACAGCCAAUACUCGGCGCCUCUUCCUGCAGCUGAACCAGCUCGUGAUAUAGCACGCAAUGGCAAGCGUCCAUUUGAUUCUGUCUUCAGCUCUGCUGCUAGCACAAAGCCUCUUCAUAAUGGCAUGCGACCCAGCAGCUCCCAUGGACCCAGCGUUGAGGAAGAUGACGAAGACGACGUCCCUGCAGACCUGAAGAUGAUGUACAAGCGAGCCGAUGGAACUAGUUACUCUCGACCUCUACCUCACCUCAUCGAGUAG